AUGCUCUGGAAAAGCUCCGACCUCGAGAGUUUGGACUAUGACCUGUUCGAGAGCGUGGUGAACAAGUCGGGCAUGGGCUACAAGUACCGCAACGGCCAGGAGAAGAACCGACUCAUCUACGCGCGCUGGUUCCUCACGCUCCUGACUGGCCUCAUCACGGCGCUCGUUGCAGUCUUCAUGCUCUACUUCACCACUCUGCUCGCGUCGCUGAAGCAGCACCUGCUCGAGUACACGAUCCGCCACGAGCUGGCCAAGCACGUGCUGUUCGGCACAACGUUCUGGAGCAUCGUGGCGUUCAAUCUCGGGCUCGUGGCGAUCGCUGCGACUGUCACAUCUUUCGGUGAGCCUGUUGCUGCAGGCUCAGGCAUCUCGGAGGUCAAGACGACUCUAAACGGCAUGAAGAUCCCACGCAUGCUGCGCCUGCGCACGUUCUUUUGCAAAAUUAUCGGCACAGUGUGUUCCGUGGCCGGCGGAUUACCAGUAGGAAAGGAAGGUCCCAUGAUCCAUAGCGGCGCAAUUGUUGCAGCGGGACUUUCGCAGGGUAAAUCGUCUACUCUUGGGUACGACACAAGCUUUUCCUACUUUGCAGGUUUCCGCAACGAUAGAGAGAAGCGCGAUUUCGUGGCUUGUGGUGCUGCAGCAGGUGUUGCAUCGGCAUUCGGGGCUCCCAUCGGCGGAGUUCUCUUUGUGUUGGAGGAAGGCGCGUCCUUCUGGAACCAGACGCUCACAUGGCGAACACUGUUCUGCGCCAUGUCCGCAACAUUUACGCUGGCGUUCUUCCUCUCUGGGAUGAAUGAUAAUCUGUCGUGGGGAACGCUUGGCAGUCAUACCGGAAGCUUCAGCUUCGGGCCGUUUACGUCGAGCACGUACCAGAUCUGGGAGGUGCCGCUUUUCGUGCUCAUGGGAAUUGGUGGCGGACUGCAGGGAGCUUUCUUCAAUGGUCUUAACACGCGUCUCGCGAGGGUGCGAUCACGCUGGGUUCGAACUCGCGGAGUAGCGUGGAUGGAAGCUCUACUUGUGUCCGUCCUGAUCUCCUCACUGUUAUUCUCGACUCCAUUCCUGCUCGGCAAGUGCUACAACCUGCCCCAGGCUCGCGACGAUGUCAUUCAUCUUGCAGAUGCAGCCGCCGCGGCUGCAACGCCUAAUAAGGCUUUUGUUUUCGGGAUGGAAAUACUGAAGAAGAACGGCUCAGCUUGCAUUUGUGAGAGCUGUACGAGCGUAUCGAUGGAUGGAGCUGAGUGUUUCCAAGCUGACGAGACCGUGCAGUACCCGUACAAGAAAGAGUUGGUGCGCUUCUACUGCCCCGAGGGCCAAUACAACGACUUGGCCUCGCUGAUGCUGACGGGAGGAGAAACAGCCAUCAAGCACCUGUUUCACGCACCUCCAGACUCGUUCGAUGUGCGCAACCUCGUCGUGUUCUGGCUCAUGAUGUUGGUGUUGGCAUGCAUCACGUACGGACUCAAGAUCCCGAGCGGGUUGUUCGUGCCAGCCUUGCUCGUUGGAGCCGCGUACGGACGGCUGUGGACUCGAGUGAUUAACUACUUCACGAGUGUGCAGCACAUGAAGACGGUGGACCCACGGACGUACGGACUUGUGGGGAGUCUGGCGAUGCUGGGCGGAGUGACGCGCAUGACCAUCUCGUUGACUGUCAUUAUCCUCGAGUGUACGGGUAACAUCGAGUUCGGUCUGCCGCUCAUUCUGACGUCGUUCUUCGCUCGCUGGGUGGGCAACUACUUCAACGAAGGCAUCUACGAUAUCCACAUCCACCUGCGCCACGUGCCGUUCCUGGACUGGGAUCCGCCAUUACGCGGCGCCUUCCUGCGCGUGAAGCACAUCAUGACUCCAAACCCGAAGACGCUGCGCACUGUGGAGCGCGCCGGAGUGAUUUUCGACCUGCUGGUGAGCACGAAGCAUAACGCGUUCCCCGUCAUCGUGGAGGAUCCAACUUUUGGCAGCCGCUUCUUCGCCGGCGUCAUCCUGCGCAAGCAGCUCAACGUGUUGCUGAGCCACAACGACUUCAGCGUCGACAAGCCCAAGCCGUUCCACCGCCAGCCGCAUCCCGCCUCCUACCAACCGGACGUGACGCCGACAGGAAAUCUACGCCACCGUCGUCCUAGAGACUUAGAAGCGAACGACACCCCGCGCGUGGAUGACAAGCUGCUGGAGUCGCCUCUCGCCAGCAACUACUGCCUGUCGUACCACGAUAUGGAGGCGCAUUAUCCGCGAUACCCGAUCCCGACUCCGAUGCAUCAGGACUUCCUCGCUGCAGCUCAUGCGGGUCGCGUCGCUGGCGACGAGUUGUACACGCUGUCGGAGGAGGACCGCGGCCUGUGGGUCGACCUCACGCCAUACAUGAACCAGACGCCGUACUUGAUCCAGGAGGAGGCUCCUUUCGUGCGCGCCUACCGCCUCUUCCGAAGUGCCGGUCUCCGCCACCUGGUCGUCGUGAACCGCCACAACAACGUGCGCGGCAUCAUCACGCGGCGAGAGCUGGAGGAGGAGCACUGCACGCGCUGCUUCCGGCUGGCCAAGAACAUCGACACGGACGACGUGUAUCCGCUCUCGGGCGCCCCUCCUGUUGGCUUCUUCCGCAAGCUGCGCCGCAAAGUGUCUCGCACCGAGCAAGUCAAGCGCGCACUGAGCAACUCGGUCUCAAUGACCCGUGACGACGACUUGGACGGCAAUGAAGGAGGCACCGCCCUGAACGAGCUGCUCCCACGGUAAGAUAUCCCAUGCAGUGCAGACCCAGCAGAAUAAGUAAGAGCUCGUUGAAUAGACUGUAUUCGCCACCAUU